CAUACAGGAUAUGGCAGUACAGAACUAGUACCGAUCAUAUCUUACACGUGAAACACAGCACAGACAGUGUCGAGAGAUCGUGGCUGUAACAGUCUAGCUACUCGUUCGGCCGUGACGCCAGGUCGUUAAAUAUUGCUGGCCUGCCAGCUGUGAUCCGUAACGCUGUUUACUCACAGACUGACAGGUAACUGGCGAGUGUGUCUAUCUUUGCAGUCAGCAAGUGGGGCGAAGUUAUUACUUAACUGAUGAAGUGUUCACCUCAGUCUGUAUAUUAACACGGGACCUGUGCGCUCCACUAGUCCAUACAGAUCACAAUCCAGGUUUUCGUGACCUAGUAACAACCCACGUGAUCACUUGACAUGGAACAAUAGGUGAACUCACUGAUAUGUUCUAAUCUCGGAUGCCUCCACCACCGAUUGACUUGGGUCUUCUAAAACUGAGUGUUGAGUAAGAAAUUUUCACAAUGGAGACAAGUUUAACAAAAUCAAAAGAACAAACCAAAAGAGCCAGCCAUCUUCGGGGAGGGACGAUCGUUGCUGUGAUCUUGACACUUUACACUUGCGCUGCCAUGUCUGGGGUGCCCCUCCAGAGUCAGUACGUAAGGCACAGAUUCCUGCAGAGGUACACGAACUCUAGUAACGUCAGCGACACCGUCGUCACCUCGUGUGACAACGACACGAUGCAACACAUGGACAUCCUCCAGAAGGUUCAAGAGGACACGGCUCGCCAGCUCCUCUACUUCUCCCUUUGCGGAAGCAUCCCAUCGAUUCUCGUCAACCUGGUGUUUGGGUCGUAUUCCGACUUCUUGGGGCGGAAAAUAUUGUUCUUAUUACCUCUAUGUGGAGACCUAGUUAGGAAUGUUCUUAGCACUCUGAUAAUAAGAUAUGAUUGGAGUUUAAACUUGUUUUUUGUGGGCAGCUCAAUUAGUGGACUGUGUGGAUCUUUCACUACCAUCCUCCUCGCCUGCUUUGCAUAUGCAGCUGAUAUUACACCGCCACAAAAGUCCCGUACCAUCGCUAUUGCUGUGUUAGAAACUAUCCUGGCUGUAGCGUCCUCUGUGGGCUCUCUAGCCACAGGAUACCUCAUCGCCUCCCUCGGGUAUUUCUACCCCUCACUCAUGAUCUCCAUCCUCCUCGCCGUCGCCAUGUUCAUCGUCAUAUUCCUGCUGCCGGAGACGUUACGGAAGGUGGAACACAUUGUCAUAUCGCCAGUUGUACAUCUCAAAAAGUGUUUUGGAUUUUACACGAUAUACGGAAGCGGUUUAAAGCGACUUCAAUACAACCUGUGCAUGGCGAUCUUGUUCUUUGGCGUUAUUGGCCUGAUCGGCAGGACUUCCAUAGAGACGUUGUAUCAGUUAGAUCUGCCGUUCUGCUGGAACUCCGUGAAGAUAGGAUACUACGGCGCGCUGCGUAUUGCCAUCCAAUCCGCGUGUAGUGUCUUGGCCAUUAAGUUGCUCCAGCCCUGCAUCCGGGACGAGAUCAUCGCCAUCAUCGGGAUGCUGUUCGGGGCGGCAUCUCUCGCUAUGGAAGCGUUUGCAACAGCAGACUGGAUGAUGUAUAUAGUGCCAGUGGUAGGAAUCUGUGGCUACACAACCGUUCCGAUAUUCCGAGCCAUCAUGUCCCGCAUGACGUCGCCUGAUGAACAAGGUGCCCUGUUCUCCAGCAUCGCUGCCAUGGAGACUAUCUGUUCCACCGUGUCCAUCACGUUGUACAACACCGUCUACGAGGAUACUAUUGGGACCAUGAAGGGAGCUGUGUUCCUCAUGAUGUCGGGAUUCUGUGGCCUCGCUAUCCUUCUUAUCACGAUGUACAUGGUCAUCUCAAGAGGUUCCUCUCCUGCGUAUGAGAUCUACAUUCCGGAAGAAGUUGAUCCUGCGCCAGCCAGUGUACUGAAUCAUGAUUACUAUGACGACGAAGACGACUGAAACCGAGGCUGUACCCACGACACCGAGGCUUGGAAGAGAAUAUUCAUAUUGUACAGCUUGUAGAAUGUUUUUUGUAACUUUAGAAGAUGAUGACUAUCACCUAAGUCUGCUUUUCUACUACAGAUGGUGAUGUAUUUAGUAUGCACAGGUAUUUGAACAGUUGUAGGUAUAUGUCAUCAUAUAUAAAAGGAAAAAUAAUGCGUUUAUCCAAUUCAGUUUGUACAAUUAUGUUUCUUGGUUAAUGGGAGGCGACAUAUGAUGCCUGCAUGCCAUACUUGGCUGGUCAGUGUAAAUCUGAUCUGAAACUAGUGUCAGUCUACAAGUCAUUUUGAUUUGUUUAUAUGUAUAAUUGCAUCGUCUUUCAGCUGUAUUCCUGUGAUAUAAUGAGCGUCAGUCAGACCCUUUGUUUUCAUACAGGCUUUCUGUUUUAUGCAAUGAUUAUCACCAGGUGCAUGAUGUAAGGGGCCGAUAUUCGUUGGGGGUGGGGGGAGAGAUUUUGUAACGAGAUAAGAUAAAUAUUCUUUUAUUUCACACAAUGAGACUGAUUAUUUUAAGUAAAUACGCCUUGCAACAAUGUCACUGAAAUAGACCUUGCAACAAUGUCAUUAUUGUGGCAGGCAAUUUGUUUUUUCAACAGUGUGAAGCAUACUCUUAAGGGAGCUACAUUAUUUCUGCAUUUGGUAUCAGUAGGUAUUGCCUUACGUCGCAUCGAGAAUGUUGAAGCUAUCGGGUAAGAAUAAUGUGUCCUAGUCUCACAGAUUGCUGGCGGAGGCGACUAGGGACGAAUAUAUUUUCCGCGUUCAAAAAGAACUGGGAUGUUAAGGAUAGUACUUGCAUAUUAUGGAUAGUUAUUGCAUAUUAUGGAUAGCUAUUGCAUAGUAUAUAUAGUUAUUCCACAUAAUGGAAGGUGCUUGAUUAUAAUGAAUAGCGCUUUCAUAUAGUGGAUAGUACUUUCAUAUUAUGAAUGGUACUUGCAUAGUAUGGAUAUUAAUUAAUAUAAUGGAUAGUACCAGUACAUUAUGGCUUAUACUAGCAUAUGUUGGGUAGUAAAUGUGAUGGACAAAACUUGCACACUAUGGUUAAGACUACAGCACAUUAAAUAUUACUUGCAUGUAACGAAUAGUACUUGCAUGUUAUAGAUUUUUUAUUUAUUAUAAUGGAUAGAACCUGCACAUUAUGGCUUAUAUUUGCAUAUAUUGGGUAGUAAUUGCCCGUUGUGGACAGUACUUGCACAUUAUGGUUACUACUGCAGCACAUUGGAUAUUACUUGCAUAUAACGAAUGGACGGUACUUUCACAUAACGAACGCUACUUGCAUGUAAUGGACAGUACUUGCAUACUGUGUAUAGUACUUGUGUUAUACAGAGUGUGCAUGGAUAGUAUGGAUAUAACUUGGAUGGCUAUUUGAGACCAACACCAAUGCAUCGACGGAGAAAUCACUGGUAAAAGUGGCACUAUGAGGAGGUGCCUUCUUGUAAAAGUGCCCUAACUAACGGUACAGUAGACGCAGAAGAGGCACUCACCCAUGUCCUACCAUAGAACAGAUGCUGAUUUGUUGGACGUGCCUUGUCAUUAGCCCUAAAUAAUCGUCGCUUUCAGACAAAUUUCAUCAUUUCAUUUUGUAUUUGCGCCAGAAGGAUGUGUUACUUCAGAUUGUCUGUAUCAUGAGUCCCGCUUUCGGUUUUGAUAGGGGACUGUGUCGGGGUUAUAAUUGCUAUUUUGUUUUAUAUACAUUGUAUGUUUGUAUAAUACACAAACUGUUUCUGUGAUUACACACCACAGAUGAAUAAUAUCUUUAAUUCUGUUCCGUUUUUAUAUUCUGAUUUAAAGUACUGUGUUUCAUAGGCAUUUACAUCAGAUAUACAUUUAUACAACAGAUUAUUCUCUGUAUUAGGAUAUGUCAAUAAAAAGUCUGACCAGAA